GCCAAGAAACUUGCUUGGGCAAUAUUGUAUUAGAGGAUACGCGACGCUUCAGCCUGCUACAAUCUAUUCUAUGCCUCAGAUAAGACCCCGAACUAUUCUGUGUGUCCACUCUAUUCUAUGUGAAGCGCGGACUGAGGUGCAUGUGGUGGGAAUGGGAUCCGAACCAGGAAUGAAGAAUUUCGGAAGGCUGGUGAAACUGUACCCGAGGCGGUAUCUGGCAAGCUUCAGGGCCUAUCAAGCCGCGAUCGAAAACACCGAAAAGAACUGCCAGCUUUUCUACGGAUCCCAGAUUCCGGAUUCCGUCCUGCGUGAGUCCGGAUCCGGAUCAGACGUGCGUGUGCUGGGGAUAGGCAGCGGAUCAGGAGAGGUUGACAGCAUCAUUCUGAAGAAGCUCCUCCGUCAGUACGACAGUGUGUACAGUAGGGUGGUGGAGCCGUCAGAGGACAUGAUAGAGCGUUACAAGACCCGGGUGCGUGAAGACACGAGCCUCGGCGCUGUGAGGUUUGACUGGCGGCAUCAGACAGCAGAGGAGUACCUCCUGACGGAAGAACACACAAAGUUCAAUCUCAUCCACGCAGUCCACGUUCUGUACCAUGUCUCAGAUCUUCACGCCACCUUGCGGAACAUGUGGGAACAGCUGGCAGAUGGUGGACACAUGUUGAUCGAGAUUAAGUCAGAUAAUAACCUGUAUCGCAAGAUGUGGCGGGAUUUCGGCGAAGGUGACCGUCUGGAGUCGGUGUUCCGCACGUCAUCUGACGUCAAACAGUGGUUCGACGACAUGGGCGUCAGCUACGUCACGUCUGAAGACGAGACCAACAUCGACGUCACAGAGUGCUUCAAGGAAAACUCAAAGACGGGACUGCAGCUGCUGGAGUUCUUCGCGCUAACGCCUUACAUCGCUAAUGAGCAGGAAUUAAGGUCUACGGUACUGGAGUAUAUCCGGUGUAAUUCGUCAGUGAUUGGUGAUAAGGUUUUGCUUAAAUCAGUCUCUGAAGUUAUCGUUGCCUAUAAAAAUGCAACAGAAAGUCGGUAGGGGCUCUAGGUCGACACUGCAUCAGUGGAUGCCAUCACCGCACGAAAACCGAUAUCUAAGCAACCUUUCCGCAAUAUGUAAAGGGUUAUUAAAGGUGGGCGAAUAUUUCAGUAGACUUUACGACUUCGUAAAGGCCACUGAAAGACAAAUUCCGCCUCUCCGUCACCUUUCAGUGCGCUUAGAUACGACGUGAAUAUAAUUAAUACCUUUUACGCUUCCUUUACGAAUCCGUAAAUAUGUACAUGCAUUUUAAGGUCUGUUUGAUGUGUUUUGUAUAAUGUACCAAAGGUUGUGAAGUGUAAUAAUGAUACCCUUUUCAAAUUGUAUAUUGCAAGCAAUGAUCGACCAAAGUCAAGUUCCUUAAAUUUCAAUUUUGGAAUUUAUAAACGGAAUUCCGGAAGUCGUUCAAAAAGUUCGUCACCUAUCAGAAAGUAAACCUUUGGGAAUUUUAUAUAAACUGUAUAUGAGUUACGUGUUCAUUGAUGAUUAGUUGAUUAGUGAGCUGGAGGUCGCGAACAUUUUGUAAGACCACUAGUCAGGACAUGGAACGCAAUGAACCCUAGCAAUGUAGAUCAGAACUGCAAUAGGAACUACUAGUAUAGGCACUCCUGUUACUAA